AUGAAAGGCAAAAGUGGCGAGUGAAAUCGUUUCUUUGAGCUUCUGUCACGGGGGAGAGAUCCGGAAGGGGAAACGAAAAUUCUCCAGUGGAUGAUACGAUCGAUAAAGCCUUUAAUACAGGAAGAGCAAUCCCGCGGCAAUCUACAACGAUCGGUGAGGGGAGGGGAGCGAAUCUCGCGCAAGUUAUUGGCAAAAAAUAGGCUCCGUGUAGUAACAAUAUUCGAUGGUUGAUGAGCUCAUCAGAAGCGAAGUUUAUUAGUUGGCAAUAAGAACAAUAUAGAACCCCUCCCCCCUCGGCCGCUUUCGUUCAAACUCCCCAAGGAAGGUCCUUAAUCGAAAGGCUGAGAGAAAGAAAUCGGCUACUUGACGCGAAAUAAUUGGCCCACUUUCUCAAACUUUACUUAUUUCUGUAAUAACAGCGAACAUUCGAAAAUGUGAGAAAAACCACGAAUGGGAAAGGCGAACGAUAACGAUAUUUUUAUCGAGAAUAAUUUCCCUUUUAAGACAGAAGAUCGGCAAUUCUCGUGUAAUUAAAAGUGUCUCACCCUGGUCAAAGAAUCGAAGCAUUGCUCCGUUUUGAAACGAUCCUGAUUUAUAUCAGAAAUUUAAUUAACCAGAUUUCUAAACGUGAACCGAAAAGAAAAAGAUAGAAAGAAAGACGAAAAACGAAUAAUACGGCCUGGCACCAUUUUUUUUUUUUUUUUUUUUUUUUUUUUUCGAAAUAGCCCGGGACAAAGUGCGGCCGGCAAUUCCAAAACUGCUCCGCGUAAUAUAAUAUAUCAAAUCAAGCUGAAAGGAAAAUAUGGCGCUGGCGACGAAUACGAGCGAAACGACACAAAUGUUGGACACAGUGGUAAAUACUGGUGCUUCGCCAGCCAGGGGAAGCCACCAGCGUGUUACCAGGCCAUAAAAUUCAAUCUCUUACUUUCUAAACUAGCACCAAGGCACAAAAGUAUUGAGAAAAGUAGACUAGAAGAGAAGAUAGGCAAGAUUCAAAAGGGAGAGCGGGAGGGGGAGAGAAAAGUGUGGAAAAGCGAAGAAAGAAAAGCAGCCAGCUUCACGCCCGAAGGAUUCGCAAAGGAUGACCACAGGUUCGAGUACAUUAUGCAACAACAACGUGGUUCGAGUUCACGCCAAGAUAAGAUAGAUGCAUUUUGCGCCAGGCGCAACGGGAUAAAGGGAGCCAAAGUACAUUAUGAAGGCAUUUGUUGCCUUCCAUUGACGUUGCUCCGGAGGAGCACGACUGUAUCGACCACGGGUUCGCCGCGUAGAUACGUGGAAAUACACCGGCUUCGAGAGACCAGUGGAAAUGCAUCUUGGAAUCCUGCCCGAACUUACCCUCGUUGUUUCCCUCGAGAUCCCGCACGCCUUAUCGGAUACACCGGUUCGAAUUUUAUUCCCUUCCACAGCCAGCUGACCGACAAUCCACGAUGGCUUUGGUUGGUGAUCAAUAAUUGA